AUGGAUCACCUUAGUGAUGCACAGGUACUGCUACUUGCAGCGCAGCUAACAGCAACUCCAGACCUUUUAAAGUUACGGCCUUUGGCAGCCAGUCGCACUGAUGUCCUCUUACCCUCUAUUCUAUACCGAUUGCUCCUUACCUACCUACCUUUAGACGUGGACGAAGAAGUAGGAGAGCAGCUUGUCGCGUUUCUGACGGAUUUGGAGCAUGACUUCGCUGAUUUCUCCGUUCUUGAUGCUGCCGGAUCGCUGGACGACCCUGUAAAUGAACUCGACGUAGCAGAUGCAGAGGAGGCUCUAUCAGCCCUGACCCUGGACAAAAUGCCAAUAUACAAUCCGCAGCAAGAUGCAGACCCCUUGUCUGAUUUUCUCAUAGCAUGGGUGCAUAAGGUUGAGGAAUUCAGUGGCCUACCUUCUUCGAUCCUGACCUUGAUUGACCAAUUUGCUGAGCACCAUGACAUCCUGCGCCUGUGGGCAGAUACUUAUCUGCGACCACUGUCUCGAUUACAAAAUGAUUUCUAUGCCAAUGAGGCUCACGCACUUUCAAUACGAGAUAUAGAGACGAUCCAGGGAAAACAGGGGGUUGCAACCCUGUUAGGCUUCGCUGCGCAAGCUGGGUCUAGUAGCAACAUUACUCGUGACCUGAAAGAGAUAGUUACACCCUGGGUGAAUGGAUGCAAAGCAUCAAAGCGACGGAAACUGUCGACCCAAGAGAAAAAAGAAGACGAUAAGGAGAGAGCAACAACCUGGCAGGAUGUGAACGAGUGGUUACUGGCCACCUCACAAAAGGACUAUGACCUCGCCGCGACCGCAAUCGAGACUUGGGAUGGGCCUGCUUCAGUUGAACCAGAGGCUGUAUCUUCAGAUCAGAACGGAACCACACUAGACGAUAAACUACCAUAUAUUCGAACAGUGUUUGCCUUGAUUUACACCUGUUACGAAACUGAGGAUGAUAUGAGAACACGAAGGAAACAAGAUUUACUUCGGCGUGCAGCCAGUCUUGCGCAGCUUAUGCCGCCAGAUUUUAGUGUUCGCUUUCCAGAUGUCCCAGAUACUACCAGGCUACAGAGUGCCUCACGAUCUGAUCUGCUAGCUAACUUACUUCUAUCCCCUCAGAAUCAGCUCACCAGGCCAUCAUCGGAUAACGUCGACUUCUUACACGGCGUUCUGUCAACACAGGCUCUGUUGAGUGGCUGGAAAAUUGAGACGACAACCAAGGCAAUAGCUUCAACAGCAUUAUUCGAUUCUCCUGACAAACAGAAAGACGAGUUGCGCAGCAUAUUGAACCAGGUACCUCGCCUAACAAGAUCAAACGUUUCCUGGUCAGAAACCAGAACUCAGCUUCGCUGGUUGCAUACGUGGUCAAGUACUGGCCGACCUAGUUUCGAUCAGCCUACACUCGCAUUCCUCGGACGUCUGGAAGCACAAUACCUCGAGUCAGAACUCCUGAAUGCAAUGCUAGCGGCCACCGACUUUCGAUCUAUCAAGGACAUAUACCUCUCCGAUAAGCAGGUAGACAUUUCCAAGGAUAGGAUCCUCGAUCAAAUUGUGGCCGCCAUCCUCAGCGCAUAUGACAAUGCAAGCAAUGGAAAUCGUACUCGGGGAGGUGUCAAAAAGGCAUCUGACCUUAUCACGGCCUUCCGAAACAGUUUCGAGGAUGGAAGCCAGUUCGAUCACAUUGAGCAUCUCAUCAAAGCUACUCACAGCCUCUCGUUCUACCAUCUUACUCUUCAGUAUGGAGUGCCCUUCCAGCCUGUCAGUAUAAGAGCCAGCAGCGAUCCCCUGUCACUGAUCGAGAAAGUCCUCGACCAAAAUAACAAUGCGUACGCAAAGCUCGAUGAUCUUCUGUCGAUAGCACGAAACAUGGUGCUGGCAGAUUUACCUACACCAUUUCCACAAGAUCUUGUGCCCAAUGAGGCUGUCCCUAUUGACCGUCGCUUAUUUGACGCAGAACAUCGCAUCACGUACUCGGCUAUUAAAGCUGCGCUAGCCGAUAACGACUUCGACACUGCCUACUCCCUUAUCACUACACGGCUGGACAUCUCUUCCAGCCGAGUAGUAGGUACUACCUUUGCAGACGAUACUUCCUGGCGCGCUGCCUACGCAGCUGGCAAAUACCGUCCCUAUCAAUCAUACCCAUUCAACAUACACAAUCAAAUUUCCUCCCUGCAAAAGCGUAUGGAAAUGCUGUCGACUGCAUUGACCCUCGCGCCCACAUCUGAACCAUUGCCUGAAAUCCUAGCCACAUGGCGUCGUCUUGAGGAAGAGCUCGACAGUCUCAAGAACCAAGCACUGCAAGAAGAGCGUGCACUUGACGCGCAGACUGAUCAGUCACUUCCAGGUGGCUUUGGACCUAGCGACCGAGAUCUUGACGCAAAUGAGACGAAGAGGUUGUUAGAUAGCAGGCGCUCGCACAAUACUACGGGUCCUAGCUACGAAGAGGAAGCACCAAUGGGGUUGUUCGACGUUGCCAGAGGUGUAGGCACCGCACUUGGCCGGCAUGCAUUUCCGCUCCGUGGAAAACAGGGUCAAAAUGUCAAGGUAGGAGCUCCACAACCACGCACAAGUACAGAAGGCAGCAGGACCAGUCAGGAAAUUUCUCGACCUGGCAGUGCAGACGGACAGCAAAGAGUCCGGAAGCGAGAUAUGUUAAGUAAUGCCGUGACCGGUGGUCUGGUUUCGGGUAUGAGCUGGGUACUUGGCGCACCAGCUGCCAAUACACAGCAAAGGCAAGAACAUGGAUGA